CUGAAGAGAGCAUCAAAAGCAAAACCAAACCUGCGGUUAAAACUUAACCAUCAUCUCUGCAACUACAAGACAACAUAAAGGGAGAGAGAGGAUCUUGUGUUUGUUUUGGAAUUAUAUAUACAAUCAUCAUCAAUAACGAUGUUCUUUUUUCCUCUCUACAAACCACACGUCAUCCAAAAAGGCAACAUUUGACUCAGACAAAUCAGAGAAAUGAUAGAGAAACAGAGCUCCUCCGUUGAAGAAGGUGGACGAUCAGGCCGUACGAUUCUGGUCGGCGUGAAGCUAGACGCACCGAGCAGAGAGUUACUCACUUGGGCUCUUGUCAAAGUUGCUGAGCCUGGUGAUACUGUCAUCGCUCUUCACAUCCUUGGCAACCAGAUAGUUGAUAGAGCAGGGAACUCUUCGUCGCUUGUCUCUUUGGUGCAAACAUUCGACUCUGUUCUUGACGUGUACGAAGGCUUCUGCAAUCUAAAACAGGUGGAUCUGAAGCUGAAGCUAUGUCGUGGCAACUCAGCUCGAAAGAUCAUCGCUAAAGAAGCCACGUCGUUUGGUGCAUCGAAAGUCUUAGUUGGAGUCUCCAAAACCCACCACACCAUUCGUUCGUCAGCGUCCGUUGCUAAGUACUUGGCCAAGAAGCUACCAAAGGAUUGUUGGGUCCAUGCUGUCAGCAACGGUAAAACCGUGUUCCAGAGAGAAUGGUCUCAUCUUUCUCAAGGCAAGGAAGAUGUAAGGAAGAACAAUCUGUUGAAUGUGCUUCAGAGAUCUGUUGCAUCAAGUGCCACUUCCAAAGUUGUUAGCCACUCAGAGGAGGAUCAAUCUCGUUCUGAGAGUUGUUCGGUUUGUGGUGGUUCGGAUUCUUUGUCUAAAAAUGACACAACUCCUCCUCCUGAUGAUGAUGAGUACCACAAGGCAAAGGAGAUUGUGUCUGAGAAAGGUUCUACAACUAUGGUGGUUAGGAAACAGUCUGAAUCUAUAACAGGUUGGCCUUUGCUUCGUCGAGCUUUUACUUCAACAGGACCAGUUACAACAUCUCAUAAGCCUUCUCAAUGGGCUCUGAAGCUUCCUCCGAGGAGCAUUAAGCAGAUUGGUUAUGACUCUACCACCACCACCACCACCAAGAAGUCUUCUUCUCCUGACACUAGUCCAAGAAAGCCACACGAGGAACUAGAGGGACUCUCCGAGAGAUUCUCAUCAGCUUGCCAGGUUUUCAAAUACAAGGAACUUGUUUCAGCGACAUCAAACUUCUCCGCUGAUAAUUUCAUAGGCCUAGGAGGCAGCAGCAGAGUUUUCAGAGGCUGUUUAACCAACGGAAGAGAGGUUGCUGUGAAGAUCCUCAAGCAAACCGAAGAUAUCUUGAAUGAUUUCGUUGCUGAGAUCGAGAUCAUCACAACGUUAAACCAUAAGAAUGUUAUCUCCCUUGUAGGCUUUUGCUUUGAAGACAAUAACAUGUUGCUUGUAUACAAUUAUCUCUCCAGAGGAAGUCUAGAAGAGAACUUACACGGUGACAAGAAAGAUUCUCUUGCGUUUCGUUGGAGCGAGAGGUUUAAAGUAGCUGUGGGAGUAGCAGAGGCAUUAGACUAUCUGCAUAACACUGCUUCACAACCUGUCAUCCACAGAGAUGUUAAGUCAUCAAACAUACUUUUAUCUGAUGACUUUGAGCCUCAGCUUUCUGAUUUUGGGCUGGCGAGGUGGGCGUCUAUAUCUACAACUCACAUAGUCUGCUCUGAGGUGGCUGGAACCUUUGGCUACUUGGCUCCAGAGUAUUUCAUGUAUGGUAAGGUGAAUGAUAAGAUAGAUGUGUAUGCAUUUGGUGUUGUUCUACUUGAGCUGCUCUCUGGAAGAAGACCUAUUAGCAGUGGAUGUCCAAAGGGACAAGAGAGUCUUGUCAUGUGGGCUAAACCGAUUCUAGAAGAUGGGAAGUAUUCUCAGUUACUAGACCCGAGUUUGAAGAAUAACAAUAAUGGUGACCAGAUGCAGAGGAUGGCGUUAGCUGCUACUCUUUGUAUCCGACGUAGUCCUCAAGCUAGACCGAAAAUGAGCAUUGUCUUAAAGCUACUCAAAGGCGAUGAGGAGACGCUCAAAUGGGCAAUGCAACAAGUGAGUAGUUCCUCAGAUGAGUCAGAGAUGCUCAAGGAUGAGGAAUGUGAAAGAUCUGAGUUGAAGUCACACCUUAGAGUGGCUCUUCUUGAUGUUGAAGAUGACUCUCUCUCCAUGGGAAGCUUCGACCAAGGCGUCUCUGUUGAGGAUUAUCUCAAAGGCAGACACUCCCUUGACUGAGGAAACUAUUGUGUGUGUUUUUGUAUAUAUAUUAUUGGUCGGUGGUGGGUUUUUUUAGCCUUCGUUCCUCCAAGUUCAGGGUUGUUAUUGUAGGCUUCAAUUGUUGAGGAGUGUUUUUCACAGUUUUCAUCUUUUUGGGAUACUUCUUAUAGUUGUAUAAUAAAACCAAAGAGAAAAAUCCUUGCAAACAGAGCCAGAUUUUUUUCUUUUUUUUGCAUCCUCUUUAUAAAUAAAAAGAUUCUGCUAUUUUAUUAAGAUGCAAUACAAAUAACAAUUCAUUGCU